UGCUUACCCCCCCCCAGGACCACGCCUCAUCUGCUUUGAAUACGAGCUUGUAUGAUUAUUUGCCUGCGACGUUGCAAUCGCGCAGUGCCAGCGUAAUGAUUGGACAAGGGGGGCCGCACAAAGUUUAGAGCAUGCAAACUCAUUCAAAUAUUCCAAGUGCAAGGCUGGAGCUCGUCCGACUGCUUUAUUAGUUGCUGGGUAGCCUACUGGAUUGCUGGUGAUACUGGUCCCAGAGAGCGUACUGGGAGUUUGUGGAAGAGCUGCUGUUUUGGAAUCCAGAUCUGAGAGAGUUCUAGUUUCAUCGUAAAAGGCUUCCCGUUUCAGUCGUUGCCAUGGCGGCCGCAUUCAAAGCCAUAAACAACACUCCUGGAAUCAUUAUCUGGAGAAUUGAGAAAAUGGAUCUUGCCCCAGUGCCACAGAAGGCGUACGGGAGCUUUUUUGAAGGCGACUGCUACAUCCUGCUCUCUACAAUGAAGUCGGGCAACACUUUCACCUAUGAUAUUCACUACUGGAUCGGUCUGGAGUCCAGUCUGGAUGAGCAGGGCUCUGCUGCCAUCUACACCACGCAGCUGGACGAUCACCUGGGGGGCAGCCCGGUGCAGCACCGGGAGGUUCAGGGACACGAGUCGGACUGCUUCCGAGGCUACUUCAAACAGGGCAUCAUCUACAAGAAGGGGGGUGUUGCCUCAGGGAUGAAGCAUGUGGAGACGAACAGCUAUGAUGUGAAGAGGCUGCUGCAUGUGAAGGGAAAGAGGAACGUCACGGCCAAGGAGGUGGAGAUGUCCUGGUCAAGCUUCAACCUUGGGGACGUCUUCCUGCUGGACAUCGGGAAAGCCAUCAUCCAGUGGAAUGGACCAGAGAGCAACAGACAGGAGCGCCUGAAGGGGAUGCAGCUGGCCAAGGAUAUCCGAGACAGGGAGCGCGGGGGCCGGGCGGAGAUCAGAGUGGUGGAGGGAGACGAAGAGGGGAAGUCUGCCGAGCUUAUGGCUGCCCUGAACAGCGUUCUGGGGGAGCGUGCUGGAAGUUUACCCCCAGGAACUUCAGACGAACAGGCCGACCAGCAACAGAAAGCCAACGUCACUCUCUACCAUGUUUCGGACGCUGACGGCCAGAUGAAGGUCACAGAGGUCGCUGCAAGGCCACUGGUCCAGGAUCUACUGAAUCAUGAUGACUGCUACAUCCUGGACCAAGGAGGAGUUAAGAUCUUUGUGUGGAAAGGAAAACGAGCCACGAAAGAGGAGAAGCUGACUGCCAUGAGACGAGCUCUGGAGUUCAUUAAGUUGAAAGGUUACCCGCGCACCACCAACGUGGAGACCGUGAACGAUGAAGCCGAGUCCGCCUUGUUCAAACAGCUCUUCCAGAAGUGGACAGUCAAGGACCAGGCUGCGGGCCUGGGGAAGACUUACAACGUCGGCAAAGUGGCUAAAGUCAGCCAGGAGAAGUUCGACGCGAGUCUCAUGCACUCAAAGCCAGAGGUCGCAGCCCAGGAGAGGAUGGUGGAUGAUGGUGCGGGCAAGGCUGAGGUGUGGCGGAUUGAGAAUCUGGAGCUGGUGCUGGUGGAGCCCGAGUGGCAUGGUUUUUUUUAUGGGGGAGACUGCUACCUGGUGCUGUACACCUACGAGGUGAACCGCAAAAAGCACUACCUGCUGUACAUCUGGCAGGGUCGCCACGCCACUCAGGACGAGCUGGCAGCCUCAGCGUUCCAGGCGGUCACUCUUGACCAGCAGUACGGAGAUGAGCCGGUCCAGGUGCGAAUCACUAUGGGCAAGGAGCCGCGACACUUCAUGUCCAUGUUCAAGGGAAAGAUGGUCAUCUUCGAGGGCGGCAGCUCUCGGAAGGGGAACACGGCCCCCGAGCCCCCCGUGAGGCUCUUCCAGGUGAAGGGGACUGAGCCGUCCAACACCAAGGCUAUCGAGGUGCCUGCCUUCUCCUCCUCGCUCAACUCCAACGACGUCUUCAUGCUCAAACACCAGGAGGGCUGCUUCGUGUGGUGCGGCAAGGGCUCCAGUGGUGACGAGAGGCAGAUGGCGAAGCAGGUGGCCAGUGUGAUCUCGAAGGGGGCGCAGGAGAUCAUUGCCGAGGGCAUGGAGCCCCUGGAAUUCUGGGAUCUCCUUGGAGGGAGAGCCCCCUACGCCAACGACAAAAGAUUGCAACAGGUGGAGCCUGACCACCAGCCCCGCCUCUUUGAGUGCUCCAAUAAGACGGGCCGCUUCAUCGUUACCGAGGUGACGCAGUUCACCCAGGAUGACCUCAGCGAGGAUGAUGUCAUGCUCUUGGACACCUGGGACCAGAUCUUCCUGUGGAUCGGGCGGGAGGCGAACGACAUAGAGAAGAAGGAGGCCCUGGUCACCUCCCAGGAGUACCUGCGCACCCACCCCAGCGGCCGGGACCUGGAGACCCCCAUCCUCAUCCUCAAGCAGGGCUUCGAGCCCCCCACCUUCACAGGGUGGUUCCUGGCCUGGGACCCCCAGAAGUGGAGUGGGGGUAAGUCCUACGAACAGCUGAAGAGCGAGCUGGGAGAUGCAGCCUCGAUUACCCAGCUCACUACAGACAUGAGCAAAGCCUCGGUCGCUCCUGCCCCAAGCUCCUUUAAGUGCUACCCCCCUGAGAAGCUGGUCAACCGACAGAAACAUGAGCUGCCCGAGGAUGUUGACCCAGCUUGCAAAGAGAACUACCUCUCGGACCAGGACUUCGCUGACGUCUUCGGGAUCUCCCGGGGAGAGUUCUCUGCCAUGCCUGGCUGGAAGCAGAUCACUCUCAAGAAGAGGCACGGACUGUUCUAACCACGGCGCGGCUCCUCGCGAC